UGUAGUGACAUCUAUUUUUCAAACAUCGAAGUUAUUGACAAAAGCGAACUUCUCAACGAAAUAGUUAACCACAAGGACCGCAGGAAAGAAAUUAGGCGUAAUCGUAAACUAGAAAAGUACGGAAUCUAUACUGGCAAUGAUUCUGUCAAAACCCUAAAAAAAGCUCAGGACUUCGAGAAACAAUUAGAAACCCUUCAAAAAGAGGAUCCCGAGAAGGCAAUGUCCCUCAGUCAACGUAGAUCAUGGCUUCUUGCUAGACUCAAAGCUCAAGGCGUGAAAGUCAAAACAGAUAUUUCUCGUUUGAAAAUGUCGGCCAAAAAAUCUGAAGCCAUAAAACGUAGGAGUUCUAAGUCUUGGAAGGAAAGGGCCGAUCACGUGGCUUCUAAUAAAGAUGCCAAGCAAAAGAAACGCGAACGCAAUCUGCAAAUCCGCAGGGAUUCGAAAAAGGCCAAGAAGUAUAAGAAACUUGUCAAAAAAGGCCACAUCCUUCCCCAACUUCACAAUGAUUAA